GGCUGGUGGGAUUCGUCGUCGACUACGUGGCCCGCUCUCGGAGGGUGCGGCGCUGGGUCGCCGUCGAGAGGGCCUCUGGCCACGAGACGGUGCUCUGGGAGGAGGACUGCGAGGCGGAGGGCGCGCGGUGGAAGUUCAUCGACUCGACCUGCAACAAGCUGUGGAGCAGGUGGGUGCCCGGGAGGCGGGGCUGCGCCGCGGAGCUGCUCUUCCUGUCCGAGGCGGACGGCUGGUGCCACGUCUGGGCCCUGCGGUGGGCCCACGGACGGGCGAGGCCGGAGACGAGGCUCGAGGAGCAGGUUGUUCUCGACCCCUGGCAGGCGGUCCUGCGGGUGGACGAGCUCGAGCGGGUCGUGUGGUUCGCGGCCGGGGGCAUCGUCCCCGGCCACGACCCGUGCUACGCGCACGUCUGCCGCGCGCCGCUGGACGCCGACGGCGGCGGCCCGCACGUGACCGUCCUCACCGCCGACGCGGAGGGCACCCACAGCCUCGCAGGACUUCUCGCCCUGCGGCCGCUUCUUCGUGGACACGUGGUCCCGCGUCGACCUGCCUCCGGUGGUGCAGCUCCGCUGCGCCAGCAGCGGGGAUAG